CGCUCACGAAGAGCUAGAAUCACACAUUCCCUCCAGACUCGAAUAUAGCCUCACACACCAUGGCCACCUCAAACGGACAUUCUGAUGCCACGUUCAAGCCUCUCGUCUGCGUAGUCGACUUCAAUCACCAUCGAGGUCCGGAGAUAGAACACUGGAUAGGCGCAGAAGGCAGUGAUCCGACAAUCGAGAAUGACUGGCAGCUGAUCCCCUAUAUGGCUCUGCCAGACGGGGCACACCAGAGCGACGAAGAGUUCAGUUAUUUCAGUUUGGUCUAUAAGGCUUCGGAGAGGCAGGACGUUGAACCCAUGAGCGUCUUCGGUAUCUCCUGUGUCCAUCAAAUUCCAGCCUCGGAGCUGCUAUUUAAGGGUGAAGAGGUGACCAGAAGUGCGGUACAAAAAGCUGUCGUGGCUAUCACGGAUCGGCCACAGAACUUCUCUGCGGUACGAGAGAAGCUGAGUGUGGUUACAAGAGCAUGGUUCGCACAAAGGGAUUUCAGAGACCUUGAGGUUCUACAGAAAUUCCAGGAGAGUCUGGCUAAAGAGGAUACCAAUCCCCGUGAGGAUGAACGCGAUCAGUUCUUUGGGUUGAGCUUGCGCGAGCUCAUACACAAGUUCAAGUGGCAGACUCUCGUGUUGCUGAAGUGCCUACUUCUACAGCAGAAGAUCCUAUUCUUUGGCUCGCACUGCGAAAGAGUAUGUCAACUGCAAUUCUCGCUAAUCUCGCUCAUACCAGGUUUGGUGCGUAGCUUGCGUGAUUGUGCAGAUCCAUCGAUGAAUCGUUACGCGGAGAAUUUACGAAAGCAGGACGGUGUCCGCACAAGCGAUCGAACAUCCUUGCUCGCGUACGUUGGCCUGCCACUGCAGAUCUUUGGUACAGGAUCUAUGUUUGGACCAUAUACACCACUUCAGCAGUUGGACAUUGUCACGGAUCUGGACACAAAGAGUUACAUUGUAGGCAGCACGAACAGCCUGCUUCUGCAGCAAAAGGACAAGUACUGUGACGUACUCGUGAAUCUUGACGAGGAUUCUGUCACCAUCUUGAACCCUGGACUAAGGCCGUCAUUGGCAUUGACAGUGGCUGAUAGACGGUGGAUCGACUUUUUGACCCAAGCGGUAAACGAUACAUGGGAUGAAAGCGAUCCCUCACGACCCAACACUCAUGGCUAUGCUGGCAGUGAAGAGAUGAUCCGCCUCAAUUUCGAAGAAUAUAUCAUCGCCUUGUUGUCAGCUGCCAAAUAUCACAAGUACAUUGCUAAGCAUGGUGGCGGAGACCCCAAGACGCUACUCGCAGACAUUGAUGGUGACCCAGUCACUGAAUUCUCAGAUCGUUAUGUCGAGGCAUGGCAACAAUCUGAAAAUUACAAGCUCUGGGAUCGCACUACCGAUGAUCACCUCUUCGAUAUCUGCGAACCUAAACAUCCGAUGGCUGGUGGCCUCACGAUCGAAGAUGUCCAAAGAAGGCUCGCGACGCAAAUUGCUGAUCUUCACCUCGACGAGCGAUUUCGAGAUACCAAGGAAGUGGUAGGUAAGCGACUGGCAGAUGGUCGUGUGCAGGUGACCACGGCUUUCAACAAAGUAUGGGCCGACAUUGAAUUCAUGCGAGAAGCUCAGCGUAAAAGGUCAGAGGAGGCUCGUGCCGCCGCCGCAGCGAAUCCGCCUGCUCCCGGUGCAGAUGUGCAAGGUCGAUUCGCGAAGCCAGACAUGAGUCAAGCGCGCGCCAAUGUUGCUGCAGCGAGCCAGAGAGCUGGCGCAUAUCUGAGUUCAUGGGGUUCUUGGGCUGCCGAGAAACGAAGGAGCGGCUGGGGAUCUAAUACGAGGAACGUAUCGAAUCCCGACGAACACACGAAGGCUGCAGACACGUCCGGGGAGAAUCGACGACCAGUGACGAAUGUGAGUGAGCUGCCGAGCGAGAAGAAAUCGAAUGGCAUGUCGGAAAAGAAUGCUCCGGGAGAAAACGAGAAGCUAUGAUUGCAUGAGGGAUACAGCACAGCAUCGAGAAUGGAAUACAGCCGGACUUCCUGGCCCGAGGCGAUGUUCGAAUGAGUUUAAGAAUGCGUUGCAUCGCGUCGAGCAAGAAGGGAUGUCAGGAAUGUGGUGAAUGUGCCUAGAAGCCAUGGCACUUCAAUCACGUGGCAUUCGACCUCUGGUUUGAGAGCUUUCCUAACUUCAGUGGAGAAUGCCAGAAGGUCGGGACUGUGGCGAAAUUCCAUCGCUGCAUAGCAGGGACCCGACUCUGUAUAUAAAUUUGGUUCACCUCCAGCAUAGUACGGCAAGGAAGCAGCAUCAGCAGCAGCACAUUC